AUGUCUUUUCUUCGAGCCAUUGCGUUUUUAGCCUCGGGUGCGCUGGCUAUCGGUCAGCGCUCCACUGUCAACUUCGAUGGAUCUGGCAUUCUUCUCGCAAGCAAUACUUCCUUCGUCAAUAUCUAUGCCGAUCCGAACGACUGGCCAGCAGUCUUGCGGGUUUGCGAUGAUCUUGCAAUGGACUUUGGGCGAAUCACAGGCACGAACGGGUCUGUGAUACACAAUGGCAAUGGCACAGGUGCGAGCCUGAAUGCGAGUAUGAUCUUCAACGUCACCGGGCGGCCGUCCUUUGGUGUCAUCAGCAGUGGAAGUGCCAGUGGAGGUGUGAUCAUUGCAGGAACACUUGGCAGGUCGUCAGUCAUCGAUCGACUGGUCGCUGAGGGGAAGCUCGAUGUGACUGGUAUCGAAGGCUCGUGGGAGGCAUACGUGUCUGCAAUAGUUCAUGAUCCACUCCUGGGCGUUGAAGAGGCGAUGGUCAUAGCAGGCUCCGACCGACGUGGAUCCGUCUUUGGACUUUACAGCGUUUCGGAGCAGAUCGGCGUCUCUCCGUGGUACUACUGGGCCGACUCUCCUCCGCAGAAGCAUUCCUCGAUACAUGCGGAUAACACUACAGUUAUACAAGCCUCGCCAUCGGUGAAGUAUCGAGGUUUCUUUAUCAAUGAUGAAGCUCCUGCUCUCACUGGUUGGAUCGACGCUAAAUUCCCUCCCUCGCCAUGGGGACCGGGAUACGGAGCAGAUUUCUACGCUUCUGUGUUUGAACUUCUACUCCGACUGCGAGCCAACUACCUCUGGCCUGCCUCGUGGAAUAGCAUGAUGAAUGUCGACGAUCCUCGCACCCAAGCACUUGCCGAUGAGUACGGCAUCGUGAUGGGAAGCUCUCACACAGAGCCAAUGAUGCGAGCAACGAAAGAGUGGAGUGUCUUCGGCGAUGGGCCUUGGGACUGGACCGCCAACAACGAGUCCAUCUAUCCCUUCUUUGUAGAAGGUGCCGAGAGAGCAAAGCCGUAUGAAGGUGUCCUUACGAUGGGUAUGCGUGGAUCUGGCGACACUGCUCUUGCCCCCGGCAUUCAGACCGAGCUCCUCGAAGAUGUUGUGGCCACUCAGUCCGAAAUAUUGACCGCUCUCUGGGGAAACGACUCCGUUCAAAAUCCAGAUGUGGUACCGCAGAUGUGGUGCUUGUACAAAGAAGUUCAGGGAUACUACGAAGCCGGGAUGAGCGUUCCAGAAUACAUGACUCUUCUCUGGACGGACGACAAUUGGGGAAACAUUCGUCGUCUGCCACUCAAAAAUGAGACCAGCAGGAGCGGCAAUGCGGGCGUUUACUACCAUUUUGACUACGUAGGCGAUCCUCGGAAUUACAAGUGGAUCAACACAAUCCCGCUGCAGAAGACGUGGCAGCAGAUGAACCUCGCUUACGAACGAGAUGCGCGACGUAUCUGGGUCGUCAACGUUGGAGACAUUAAGCCUCUGGAACUGCCCAUUAGCCACUUCAUGGACCUGGCAUACGAUAUCAAGCUCUGGAAUGAGAGGAGUGUGCCAUCUUACCUCGAGAUGUGGGCUGCGAGAGAAUUUGGGCUCGAAGUUGCUCACAAUACCGCCGUUCUGUUGAAUAACUACUCUAUCGCAGCGGGUCGCAGAAAGUUCGAAUUGGUCGACACAGCGACAUUCAGCCUGAUCAACUACGACGAAGCAGACAAAAACCUCGACGAAUGGAAAGCCAUGCAGACUACGGCGCAGUCGAUCAUGGACUCGCUUCCCGCUGAGACGCAGCCAGCUUUCUUCGAGAUGGUGUAUCAUCCAGUCACCGCUGGCUACGUUUACUACGACAUCAUGAUCUCCAGCGCGAGGAACAAUCUUUACGCAAGACAAGGACGAAACAGUGCCAAUAGCAUUGCGGAACAUACUCAAAGCCAGUUCAAGAAAGAUCGCGAGCUCACCGAGCAAUACAAUGGUCUAUUGGAUGGCAAGUGGGACCACAUGAUGGACCAGACGCACAUCGGUUAUGAGUAUUGGCAACAGCCGAUGCGUCAGCGUCUCCCCGGCUUGCGAUACAACAUGCCGGGAGAGAGCAGUCUGGCGGGAGGAAUGGGCGUCAGCGUCGAAGGCAACAAUGCCACCGUACCGGGCGACGACGCCUUUCAUCAACUGUCAUCGCAGUCACUCACGAUGGCGACAUUCAACCCAUACGGCGCUACAUCCCAGUGGAUCGAGAUCUACAGCAUGGGUGCAGAUGCUUUCGACUUUAACAUCUCUGCAAAUGGUUCUUUCGUGCAGUUCUCUGAGACGACUGGACACAUUACCCCAGAUGGAGCCUCAGACAAGCGAAUCUAUGCCAGUUUCGAUUGGAACUCCUGCCCGGAAGGAAGUGGUAUAGUCCUGGUCAAUAUCUCCUCGAUCAUCGCCAACACUAGUCAAUACCGCGAGGAGACUCAAUACGGAACUCAGUAUGGCAUGCCACAAAUCAUGCUGCCAUACGAGAACAUCAAGGUGCCCAACAAUUUUACCAAUGGAUUUGUCGAGUCCGAUGGGCAUAUUUCCAUCGAGCUGGAGCACUAUAGUGCUGUAACGUCCGAAUCCAGCGAAGUCCAGUACAAAGUGAUUCCCGGGCUCAGCCGUACCCUUUCAGGAGUCUCGCUCUUCCCUGUCACAGCCGACUCGCAGUCUGCACCGGACUCGCCAGGCUUGGAGUACAAAUUGUACACAUUCACCGAUCUGAGGACCGGCAUGUCCUCGCCUGCGGACCUGGUCAACAUCACUAUUGUCACCACGCCUUCCCUGAACACGAUUCCUGAGCGGCCGCUCAAGUAUGCUAUUCAGUUUGAUGAGGAAGAUAUCAAGACUGUGCAAUACGUGGUGGAUCAGCCAAAGGGAGCGAAUCCCGUCGGCUGGCUGGCUGCGGUCGCCAACAACGCAUGGAUGACCACUUCGAACUUCACUUAUUCCGGCCAUGGAGAGCAUACAUUGAGGAUCUGGGCGCUGGAGCCUAACGUCGUUCUGAACACUGCUUGGAUUGAUCUUGGUGGCUUGAGACCGAGUUAUCUAGGACCGCCCGAGAGUACGAGGAUCAUGUGA